UUGGUGUGGCUCUAUUAGUCACAAUCCUGCUGCAUGUAUUCACUUGGGAGAUGUCACGGAAGCUGCCCGUAAUCUAUGUCAUCACCCCCACAAAACGGAGGCACACGCAGAAACCCGACCUGACCCGCCUGUCCAACACCUUGCGGCACGUGCCCAGCCUCCACUGGAUCGUGGUGGAGGACGCGACCAGCCGGUCUCCCUUGGUGGCGCGAGUGCUGGCCAGGUCCGGGCUACCCUACACCCACAUGAACAUUCCCAGGCCAGACUUCUGCAAGACGGGCUGCGUGGCCCGGGGCACCGAGCAGAGGAACCUUGGCCUGAAGUGGCUGAGGAAGAACCGUGGGCCGCAGGACUCAGGAGUGGUGUACUUCGCAGACGACGACAACACCUACGACCUGCAGCUUUUUGAGGAGAUGCGUUACACCAAACGUGUGUCGGUGUGGCCGGUGGGCCUCAUCGGGGGUCGCUGGUACGAGAGGCCGAAGGUUCAGGACGGGAAAGUGGUGGGAUGGUACACACGCUUUGGUAAAAGGAAGUUCAGCACAGACAUGGCAGGUUUCGCAGUCAGCCUGAACUUGAUCCUAGCCAAUCCAGAAGCUAAAUUUAUCCUGAAGGGGGCCAAGCGAGGCAGACAGGAGACCGACUUCCUCAACCAGCUGACCACAGUGGAGGACCUGGAGCCCAAAGCCAACCACUGCACUCAGGUUUUGGUCUGGCACACGCGCACUCAAUUUGCCCCCUUAAACAAUCACGUAAAAGAAAAAAACAUAACCAUGGAGUUGUGAGGCAGGAGGCGUCAUCCAUUUGCAGUAUUUAUGGACAGGAGGAGGAGUUUUCAAAAGGACUGGCACAGGACUGUGUCUGACAUGAUGUGUGGCAAGGCAACUGAGAAACCACAUCUCUCUCUCUGGUCCUUAAUCAGUCCUCAACACAGGCAUUCCUAGGACAUGCAACAAAGAAAGUCAGAGAAUGCGCACACAUCAGUGGCACAGGUGCUUGACCAAACAAAAGAUCACUGAAAGGAAAAUAUACUGUAGGUCCGCAACACUGUUUGAUGCUCCGAAAGUUUAAUGGCACAAACUUUCGGACCCUCAGUCCUUCAUCACAGUGCACAAUGCAUCAUCAUCUAACAGUAUUUUCCUUUAAAGUGAUACUGUCCCAUUUUUGGAAUUACGCUUAUUUUACA